AUGAUCAGUCAAGGGCAGAGCGAGGGAUUUUGUGUACGGAUAGUGAUACACAAACUUGAGAAGAGACAUGCUAGCCAUCCCAGCCGGGUUGCCGUUCGAGCGGAGACCUCUGGAUCAGUCAGGACGUUUAAGAAACAUCUUAUCACACUCAACCAUGAAAGCCUGCCCGACAGGGAAAGUCGAUUGCGGCCAAUGAUGCCUAGGAUGUCAGUCAACAAUGCCACAUCUGCAGACCCAUCACGAUCACCACCAAGAGAUAUGUCUGCCGAGUCUACGCUCCCUCUACGUCCGCACCUCCCACCGCAGGACUCACAUCCUCUGCCAACAACAAUAUCUCCCCAGCAGCAAUCCCCCUCCUCCUCAGCCGCGCGAGCUUCAGCUCCGGCAAUGAGCGCCAGACCCCAGCGCGAAGCAGCAACGAAAGCCAGGAAGCGCGUCGAAGAGGCGUACACUCUCUAUCCCUCCGAACAGGGCCCGGACUCAGACAGCGACGCCACUCCCACAAGACCGAGCGCGCCCCGGCCCACUCCUGUUCAAUCGGACGAUUCAAGCGACAGCGACAGCGACGUGUUCGUUGAUGACUCGGAGUCGGAUGGCCCUCGACCGAGCAAGGCGGUGCGGGGGAAGAAGAGGAAGAGAAGUGCGUCGCUGUUGAGGGAUGUAGGAGAGAGGGGGGAGAGCAAGGCUGGGAGGUUGUUGGAGAUGGAUGAUAGGAAAGCGAAGGAGGAUGCGACGGGGUUCAUGGUCAAAUGUGGGAAUAUGAUGGAGGAUAUUUUGGUGAGGAAGGCGGGUCCGGCUCCGAGGGUAUCUUCCCCGAGGCCAAGGGAGAAGACCCAGGCUUUUGGCCAGCACCCUGUUAUGCGUCGAGCUGGACUCAGUGACAUGGGCCCUGUGACUGGCAGCCACACGUGCGGUUGGCGGGAUGAGGUUUGGAACAGGGCGGCUGAGGGAUUCGCUGUCCAGAGCAGGAAAGGUGGAGCAAGAGGACCUGGUGAUGGCAGUGGAUAUCGAGCAUCAAGAUUCUGUGAGCAUUUGUGA